UGGCCAUUGGCCCUCCACCUUGGGCCAUGUCGAAUUCGGCCCAAGCAGCCUGGAGUUCGGCCUUUGGUUUCAUGCUUUUUAUAGCAGUCGGAGGAAACGCCAUAGUUAUGUGGAUAGUUAUAGCUCACAGACGAAUGAGGACAGUAACAAAUUAUUUUCUAGUAAAUUUGAGCCUGGCAGAUUUGCUGAUGUCUGUGCUGAAUUGUCUUUUUAAUUUUAUUUACAUGCUUAAAAGCGACUGGAUCUUCGGCGACUGGUAUUGCACAAUAAACAACUUUAUUGCAAACGUGACGGUAGCUGCGAGCAUUUUCACACUCACAGGCAUCUCAUUCGACAGGUACAUGGCCAUAGUGAGGCCCCUAGAACCAAGAAUGUCGAAAAAAUGCUCCUUGUUAGCUAUAGCUGCCAUUUGGUUAGCUGGAAUGAUUUUGGGAAUACCCUGUCUUAUGUAUUCCAGCACUGUAGUUUACAAUGAAAAAUACCAUUUAACAGCCUGUAUACUAGUCUGGCCUGAUGGAUCUUCAGAUGUUUCCAAAAUGGAUUACAUUUAUCAGGUUGUCCUGUUCAUAGUGACUUAUCUAAUGCCUAUAGCAGGGAUGUCCAGAUGCUACUGGGCAAUGGGCAGAGAAUUGUGGGGCAGCAGGUCAAUUGGGGAACACACACAAAGACAGGCUGAUGCCAUUUGCAGAAAAAGAAAGGUUGUCAGGAUGUUCGCAGCCGUCGUGGGCAUUUUUGCAGUCUGCUGGCUGCCUUAUCAGCUCUAUUUUGUCUACAUGCACGUCGAUAAAUCGCUGAUGUACUGGCCUUAUACCCAGCAAAUGUAUCUGAGCUUUUACUGGUUAGCCAUGGGUAAUGCAAUGGUUAAUCCAAUAAUAUAUUACUGGAUGAACAACAGAUUUCGAGCUUAUUUCAAAAGGGCUGUUUGUGGGCCCUUGCUGGUGUGCAGAUUGACAAGUGCAGAUCCUGGUAAUACUGAUAGUCCUGGAGGACUUGCCAGGGCUCACUCGUACUCCCAAAGUGGUGAAGCGAUUUUCAACCCCCAUUUCAACCAUACACCACGUCACAAUGUGCACCAGCAUCUGCACAACCGUGACAGUUUCUUCCCUAAUGGCAAAUCAGAGUCGCCAUCUAGCGAACGUUUCUACCUCCGGAGCAGUUCGAGGUUUCGCAAAACUCCGCAGGAUGGCGACUUGUAUUUCAGCAGAGAUAUAACUCUGGCCAAAGAUCGAUUGAAAUCGGACAGCAGUGAUGGCACAAUCGCGGUCUGCUUGGAGAAAAAUCUUACAAAGAUGCAGACGGAAUUAUGACCGAGGAAAUAAGUGGUUGUGAUGAUAAAGGUUUCAUUGUUGAUAAAAAAUAAAAGGUUUGUUUGUAAAUGAUUUUAUUCAUGUUUUUGUC